AGUUUCUGCAGAUUAGAUUUAACCAAUUCCCCCAAAGCUCGUUUUUUUCCGUACAAUAUGUUUUUCUAUUGCGUCUUUUAUACGCGGCCCCCAGCUGCGUUGUCGUCAUGAUUUUCAUGUUGACAUUAGCUUUUUCAUCUACAAAAAUUCUUUAUCUUUUCCAAUAACUCCUUUCCUCCUACCCAACUAAGAACUUCACAUUGUUUCAGCAUCAGGCGGGAUGGCUCGCGAUCAUCCGGAAGUCCACUCUGGACAGAGGCGCGUGCGAGCAAUCCCGUCUUGAAAACGCACUUUAUUCAAUCGAAGAAGGAGAGGGGGCAGCAGUCUGACAUAAACUCGACGGCAGAACGAUGAUGCAGACGCGUACUAUUUGGAGGCGUAUCGUCGGGGUGGCGGCUCUGCUGCUGCUCCCGGCUGCGGAAGUGUUUCUCCUGUCACAACCCGGAGCCAACGCCUACCGGGUGGUCGAAAUCGAGGAAAGGGGAGAGCAGAAGACCCACUACGAAACGGACACAAACAAGUUUCUCGGAAAAAGAACGUUUGUGAAGACAGCCCCCCCGGUAGUCGGCCGCACGCAGCGGGAUGAGGACGGCAGCGAGAUGGUGCUGGAAGCCUCCGACCCGGACGAAGUCGCCGCGGCCCAACAAGCGCGUCGUGGAGAGCACGAGGGUUUCGAUGCAGCUCGUCGCCCGGCGCGCUUCAAGGCGUUGGAUUUUUCUAGUGUGCUUUUGGAGCUUUCUGAACAGAUGAAGAGGUCGGGAGCAGUGAUCGCGGUGGUGGUGAUCGCGAGUAUAAUCAUGGUCAUAGCCCUCGCCAUCGGGAUCUACUGCCAUUUCUACGCCGACCAGCAGAGCGCACAAGUAUACGCGGGCGGCGACGGAGAGGGCAUCGUGUCUGCGGCCACGUUCGAGGGGGCGGAGCGCGACCGGACAUCUUCGCAGCGGUGGAAUGAUCAGAAGUGGGACGCCGGGGUGUACUACGACCAAUACGGACAGCCCCAACAGUGGGACCCAAAGUGGGGGGAUUACAACCAGUACGCGCCGCAGUAUUGGCAGGGCAAAAAAGGCGCGGCCGCCGGGGCCGGGGGUGAGCAGCAGCAGCUGAUGACAAAGGGAUCACAGAUGUCGAGUACCAGAUCGGGUUCGCCGGGGGAAGCCUUUGUUGCUGGCAGCUUCAACUACGGGGCCACCGGGAAGACGCAUCUUAGCCUUGGCGCGAUGGAAGCACAGAAGGCAACUGCACGCGACAGUCACGGGUCCAGGGGGACGGUACAGCCCCAGCAGAAAUUGACCGUGUCUGGAUCGGCGCAGGAUGGUGACGUGUUGCUGCAAAAGGCGGAAGAGGACGAGCACGCCGAGCAAGUCGUGCAAGACAGUCUCUUUGCCUCGCGAAGGACAGAUCAACCCUCGAAGAAAUCGGCACGGAGUUUGAGCCGGGGGGGAACUGUCCUAACGGAGUUUACCACUCAGUCGCCAAAUGCGUCGGUGGGAACCAAUGCGUCGGUGGCAAGCAAAACAAGCACGAAAACGGCAGAAUUUCCCGUAAGCGAAAAAGCGAGCCAGUUUAGUAACGUUAGCAUUAAUGUCAGUGUGACUACUGCGCCGGAGCACGACAAAGUGAAGUCAGCGAAGGAUCAUCCGGGGGACC